GUGGAGGAGGACGAGGACCGCGAGCAGUCAGGCUCCGAAGAGCGGCUGCAGCAUCUCGGCCAGCUCCGCCGCCGUGGUCCGACCUCCCGCCAGGGAAACUUUUACAUGCUCAUCGUGAUCGGAGAGAUCGCGACGGAGCACCAGCUGCACACCGCCAGACAGCACAUAGAGCGCGGCAUCCGUUCCUGGGACAUCGAUGUGUCAGAAUGUGACCUGGACCACCAACUACAGCUUUUCAUAACCAGACAUUCCGCCCAGUUCUCAGCCGAGGUCAGAGGUCAAAGGACUCUGCACCACAAAAGUGAUGUUCUUGAAACGGUUGUAUUGGUGAACCCAUCAGAAGAUACCGUUAUCUCUGAGAUCCAUUAUCUUGUAUCUGACCCAGCUGUGCACAAGCUACUGGUCCUGAGUGGGCAGAGUUCUGACCAAGGUGACCUGGUUCUCCAGUCUGGAGUGUUCAGUCAUCAAACCUUCUCACGUGUGGUUGCUGAUCCUGAGGUCAGUAAUUUGCUGGUUAAAGCCAGCUCUGGACAGUGGGCAUCACUGACUGUGUCUUGCCGUGGUGAGGCAGGCUGGAGCUCUCUGGGGCAACAGCAACGCAUUAGGGAGUUGCUGAAUUAUAGGCUGAAUCCAGAGCCCAUACUCCCUAAGAUGGAGGGGGUUACUGAGUUUACCGAAUACAUAUCUGAGACUGUGGAUGUACCAUCCCCAUUUGACCUUCUUGAGCCUCCAACCUCUGGAGGAUUCCUAAAGCUGUCAAAGCCUCUCUGCUGCUACAUCUUUCCUGGUGGACGAGGAGAUUCUGCGCUUUUUGCUGUCAAUGGUUUUAACAUUCUGAUUGAUGGUGGCUCUGAAAGAAGGUCAUGCUUUGGAAGCUUGUCAGAACAUUUAGAUCGUAUUGAUUCUAUCCUUCUUACCCAUAUUGGCGCUGAUAAUCUCCCUGGAAUCAAUGGACUCUUUCAAAGAAGGUUGCAGAAACAGGAGGAAGAACACUCUCAAGGCUCAACCACCUACAGUGAUUGGAUGAAGAACCUGAUAUCGCCCGAGCUCGGAGUUGUGUUCUUCAAUGUACCUGAGAAGCUUCGUGCAUCAGAAUCGAAUUUGAAAGUAAAGCGAAGCAUUGAGGAAGCCUCUCUUACAUUGCAAUACCUCAGCAAGCUAGGAAUUAAGCCUGAGCCUCUUUUUCGAGUGGUUAGUAAUACCAUCGAGCCCAUCACUCUUUUUCAUAAGAUGGGUGUGGGCAGGUUAGACAUGUUUGUCCUGAACCCUGUGAAGGACAGUAAGGAAAUGCAGUUCCUCAUGCAGAAGUGGGCAGGUAACAGCAAGGCCAAGACAGGGAUAGUGCUUGCAAAUGGAAAAGAGGGAGAAAUAUCUGUCCCAUAUUUGACAUCUAUUACUGCACUCGUUGUAUGGCUCCCUGCCAACCAUACAGAAAAAAUCAUCAGAGUUUUGUUCCCUGGAAAUGCACCGCAGAACAAAAUCCUUGAAGGGCUUGAAAAUUUGAAGCACCUUGAUUUCUUGCGGUAUCCGGUAGCCACCCAAAAAGACAUUAAUUCUGGCAUUUCACCUUCAGCUGUAAAACAAACAAAGCUAAAGCAAAGAACUGACAGCAAAGAAAGCCUCAAAUCAUCUCCCAAGACUCAAGCACCAGCUAAGCCUUUAAAGAAAGAAACCGACGAGCAUGAGGAUGUAUCCGUUGUCGAAAUGAAGAGUGACUCUGUCAACGAGAACAAAAUGGAGAAAAAAGAAGCAAAGAAGCACACCAAGCCAUUGAAACCAAAAACAGAAGUGACAGAAAAGAAAAAAUUAUUGAAGGAGAAAUCACUGAAAAAACACCCCAAGGAAAGGGUGUCCAAAAUGGAUGAAAAGAAAGACAAAGAAAAGAGGGAAGUUAAGAAAGAAAAACGUGAAAUUAAAAAAGAUGAUUCUGUGAAAAAAGAUGAGAAAAAGUUUAAAACCAAGGACACUUCAAAACCUGAACUGAGAAAAAUAACUAAACCUGACCUGAAACCUUUUACACCAGAGGUGAGGAAGACCCUCCACAAGGCCAAAACCCAAGGGAAACCCAAAAAAAUAAAGAGCAAACCUACAACUGCCAAGUUAGAGAGUGCAGAGAUGUGGCAGAACCAGUGGGCUGAGAAGAUUGAACCUGAGGAACCAGAGAAUGGGACAGGAAAAUUAAUAUCUGCUCCAUCUAUUCCAGAAGAUUUAACAAAAGACUUUGAUGAAAUGAGACCCACUGAAACGACAGAUCAUUCUGAAGCCCCUAAAAGUGCCCUUACUGUCUCUGGAUUGCCAGCUGAAAGAGAUGAUGAUGUAGCAGAGGAGCAAGAACAAGAUCAUGUUACAGAAACCGAUAUCGUGGAACAAAAAGCUACAGAGAAAGAAGCAGCGCCAUCAGCAGAAAUCCAAGAAGUGCCAUCAGCAGAAGUGAAAGAACAACAGGAUGAGCCCCAAACAUCAGAACUAGAGAAAUUUGAGGAUGAGGGUGCUGCAAUUGAAGAUGAAGAUGAGGAGGAGGUUGAGACAAAGCCUGUUAGAAAGAAGACAGAGGAGGAAGAGGAGGAGGAAGACAUGGGAAUAGGAGAUGAAGAAGACGAAGGGCAAUAAAGGAAACCAAACUUAGAGGAAGUGGACAGAAAACAUGAAGUUGAGGAAAUGGAGAAGCAAAAACAAGUGGAGGAAAGAAAGACUGAAGCUGAAGAGGAGCAGUUUGAAGAAGAGGAUGUGAUUGAAAAAGCUGAGCUAGAGGAGGCAGAGGAUUUGGAUGCCAUUGCAGAUGAAGAAAUAAAAGAUAUCUCUGCUGAGAAAGUCAAGGAAGAAGAGAAUGCAUACUUGUCAAAUGUUGGAGGUGUUACAGCUGGCAUUACCUCUACAGCCCAAGGAGCUGCAGCAGCAGAAAACUUGUCAUAUAUUCAGGAUGAAAAUCCCGGUUACUCUGAGACUGAACAGACCAUCUCAGAUUAGGAGAUCCAUGAAGAAGCAGAGGACAGGAUACCACACCUUCAAUAUGAGGUUGGUAGCUAUGAUGUCUCGGUCCCAGACCAACCAGGCUCCUUUGAUGCCAUCCAUGGAAUGAGAGAAAUGCAAGCCGCUGUAAUGGGCAAUGGAACAGGCAAAGUAUUGAUUGGGCAACAGGAGCCACCUAUUUCCAUCUACACCAGUAUACUUGCAGCGCCAUUAGCUGAAGAGGAACAUGUUUCUUCAGCAACGUCUAUAACGGAGUAUGACAAACUGUCUUCUUUACCCACUUCCAUUGCUGAAGAUCAGUCAGUGGCAUCCGUCACAGCACCUCAGACCGAAGACACUGGAAAAAGUUCCCUAGUCUUGGACACAGUUCAACCGGUUACCCAGACUGAGGCCACCCAAGGAAAAGACUACCUACAUUCAGCUGGAACCGUCUCACCAACAUCCUCCUUGGAGGAAGACAAGUGUUUCAAAUCAUCUCCAUCUGAGGAAUUACCACCACUUCCCUUAGAAGGCAAAACCGAGGGAAUUGAGAUGGCCGCCCAAUACGGUGAUGAAGAGGAGGAUGAAUAUGAGGAUAAAACACCAAAUGUUGACAUUCCACUUGGAAAGUUACAAGAAGCAUAUGCCUCACUUGAUAAACUUGAACACAAGGAGAAAGAAAUGGACAAACCCAAAAGUCCCGUGCCUUUAGUUCCUGAUACUUCAUCCUUUGAAAGAUCCUCACCACCUGAGAUGGAGAAGGUAUCAGUAUCACCUUCUAGGGAAGACUCAUCUUUUGAAGCACAAACAAUACUCUCCUCCCCAUCGCACAGUGUUUCUAAGCUUCCUGUUACUGAAGCUAGUGUUUUUCCAGAUGUGGAAGACCGAUGCAUAAGCCCUGAUGACAGCACUGUAAAAAUGGCUUCUCCUACACAUUCUGGACCACCUAGUGCAUCUCACUCUCCCCUCAGAAUGUCACCUGUGGAAGGGAAGGAUAAAAUUCUCCUUAAAGAGACUCAUCAAGAACCAGGAGUGCCACUUAGCCCCACUGAAAUUAAAUCUGAAAAGGAGAGUGCAAAAACAAAAACUUGGUAUUCUAAAAAAGAAAGUCUACCAGUUCUACCAUUAAAAGAAAUAAGAGAUACAAAAGUAAUGCCUGAUCCAAGUGUUGAGAAGAAGGGCAAAGUUGAAGAGAGCAGCAAGGCUGUAAUUCUUGAGGAUAAAGAUAGCAAGUUAUCUGAUGAUCAUGAUGUUAAAGAAACUUGUGAUUUAAAAUUGUCCACAGAUGAAGAGAAGAAAGAGAAAGAAAAGGAGGGUGAAAGAGAUAAUAAUGCUGAAGGGAUGCAUAAGGAGAAAGACCAAUUAUUAAAGUAUGCAGAGGUUACAGAUAAAGGUGAUAUAAUAUCAGAACCAGAAAAGGCAGCAUUGCCAUCUAAAGAGGAUUUUGAUAAGAAAAUUGCAAAUGAAGAAGAGUUGCAAGAUAAGAGUUUUCCAGCAGUUCUGGAACGUUCCGAGAUAGAAAAACAGGAGAAACAAACAGAAAGGAAAAUUCAGACAGAGAAAGCCAAGAUAUUGUCUAAAUUAGACAAGGAAUCCAAAGAGAAAGAUCUGACUGAUAUAUCUUGUCAGUCCAUUGAAAGCCCAGACAUCAAAGCAGAAACAUCAACAUCUCAUGAAUUAGCCAAAAAAUAUAUGGAGACACAAGACACUGUAGAGACAGAUGUGGCUUUGGAGGAAACUGAUUCAUCCGUCUGUAUAAGCCCAUUUAAGGAAGACACAGAUGGCCUCAAAUCUCAAGUACAACAGUUAAGUAAAAAAACAGAUGUAAUCUUGAAAGAUGAAGAAAAGUUAGAAAGUAAAAGUGAGGCUGGACUGACAUAUGAGAAAAUGAUUCCAGCUGCCAAAGAACAUGAAGACUCUAGAGAUAUAAAUGUAGAGAAAGUAAAAUCUGUGAUGCAAGAGCAAAUUUCCCUCUCAAAACCAGAUGUUCAGUCUACAGAGAUGCACGUAGAAGUGUCCAUUAUGGAGAAGGAUAUGUUUGCUAAAGAUGAUCAAGAAUCUAAAGGGAUGUCAGCGCAAGAGAUGAAAUCUCAUAUAUUAGAAGCAACUCCAGGUGAGACUGAAAUUACUAGUAAACAAGAUGAAGACUUGAAGGAGAAGCUAUUGGAAGAAACUCAAACCAAACAACAUUUAGAAAAAGCAGAUGUAUCAUACAAAGAAGAGCCUCAAAUAACACAUUCCUUAAUUUCACAAUACACAGAUGAAACUAGCCAAGAUAUGGAAACUGUAGAGGAGACUAUAUCCAAAACACAAAUAUCCAUUUCAGACAAAAUGGAUUCCUCACCAAUAUUCGAGCAGGAACCUAAAGAUGAACCACCAGAAUUGAGCCAAGUUCAAGCUUUGCUGUCUGAAUCUGAGAAAUCAGAUUUGUCUUCUAAAGAUGAUCAGGACCAGAAAAACAAGGAGUUAGCGAAGCUAACUAUCAAACUAGAUGAAGAGUCUAUAGAAUAUUAUAAAGAAAAAUUUAUUGAAGAAGCCUCCUCAACUGUGGACAAAACAAAAGACACCAAGUCGAUCUUUGAAACUACAUUUCCAACCAAAUUUUCAGAUGAAGAUGAAAGCACUGAGGAGGAUGAAGGAGAUGCUGUUUGUAUGGGAGGGGCUGGUUCAAGACCAUUAUCAGUGGAAACUUGGAAGUCUGAAGAAUCAAUGGCAAGCAGUUCUGCACAACCACCAGAGACAAGUAUGAAAAAAGAGGAAAUUGUGGCCCAUUUAGAAGAAAAAGAGUUGACUAGAGAUUCCAGUGGAAUAUCACCUGAACCAGAGAAGGAGUGUAAGGUGGAUACCACAUCACUUACAACUUCUACUACAGAUACAAGUACUAAAGCUGUCUCAGAGACUCUAAUUGAGAGUAAACCAACGAGUAUCACACUGCCCAUCUCUGACAGUCAGGCAAGUAAGGAUGACCAACAUGAAACAUUGCUCCCUUCAAAGGAAGCAGCAAAACCUGAGAAGGAGGCUGAGAGGGAAAGAGAGGGAGAACGAGAGGUUGCCUCUCCAGGGCUAGAGUUACAUUCUGAUUUUCAAAAGACUGGCAGUGCAGAUGAGAAAUGUCCUGAAAAGACUGAUAGCGAGAGAAUGAAAUCUGGUGACAAGAUGACUUAUGAAGUGGAAAAAGAAAUAUAUGAAGCCUCUAAAUAUGAGCCUUAUGAAAAGCCCAUUUCAAAAGACACUGAAAGAGAAAGAGAGGAAGAGGACCAGUAUCCUAGUCUGGAUAGAGAUUUAGAUGACAAUAGAAAAACAAGUCAAGACAGUUUGCUUGGAGCUGCUUGUUCAGUAGAGGAACAAAGUGAUGAUGAGCUAGUGUCUUUCAGCAAGGUUGAUUACCAGACUUCACCAAGUAUUCCCAGCAGCCACAGUGCCUACUCAGAGCAAGACAAUAAGGAACGAUACCAAGAGGAAGAACUGGUUAGAGAAGAGAGACCAGAUCUUUUUGUUGACAAUAGUUCUACAUAUGACAGAAAAGCCACUUCGGCAACAGGUUCAAGCUUGUUUGCCUCUAGUGAUUUGCAAGACAAAUCAGAGAAAUUGGAGAGAGAAGAGAAGGAGAAGGAGAAAGAGGACACACAUUCUCCUCUUCAAGGCAAAGAUGAUGGAAGUCAUGUUAAAUUGUCAGAUAAAGAGCCAUGUACAUCUGCUUCCAGCCUUUCAAAACCUGAUACACAAGAGAAAGACCAUAAAACAGAAGAAACAUUGGCAAUGCCUCAUUCAGAGGACCUGGACAUGACUAAAACCCAUGUGCCUGAAGCUUCCCCUCCACAAGGGAUCCUUACAUCAUCACAGGAUAAAAAUCUUCAGAGUCUAACAACUCCAUCAACAUCUGCUUCCGAUGAGAACAAAAUGGAGAGUCCAAUCUCAAGUGAUAGUAACAAAGAUAAAAACAAACUGGAUUCAGCUGAGAGCCAAAGUGACCUGUUUUCUUCUGGUCGAUACUCACCACCUGAAAAGGACAUGCUUGCUGCCAGGUUAUCACCUGAUGAUCCCAGUGCUGCCACUCCUGGUUCUUCUGGGCAGUCCAUGAAAGUCGAUGACAAUGUUCUUGCACUUGAGUGCCCUGGCAAAACUGAUUCUCUUUGCAGCAAGUCAAUGAUUGUGAGUGCAGAGACUGAGGAAUGCUUGGUCAGAAGCCAAAAAAUAUUUGCAGAAGAAGAGGAGGACUAUGAGGAUGAGGAAGAGGAAGAUGCAAGUGACUUGGAUAUUGAAAAGGGUGCCAGAGAGAUGUCUGAGAAAGAGUCCAAGGUAGCAUUUGAUACCAUAACUGCAUCUACACCACUCGAAACAAAACAAGAAGAUACUACUGGUCCCUUAGCAUCUGGAGCAACUGCAGAAGAUCUACAAACAGAAACAACUGGUGAUUCAUCCGCAAAAAAGUCCCCCACAACAGAGCCUUUAACAGUACCUGGAGAGCACAAGGAUGUAAUCAGCAAGGAAGAUGAACAGUCCAAGAAACAAGAUGCUAGUUCAGUCCAAUAUGACACACCCAAACCCAGCGAUGACAAACAUGAAACACAGAAAGGGACAUCUGAUAAAAAGUCUGAAGGGACUGAAUCCCUAGCUGUUGCUCAAGCAGCAAUUAUUCCUAGUGUCCAACUAAGAUCAGAUGGAGACAGUAUAUCAUAUGAGUACUCAUCGUUAAAAGAGGAAGAGUCACCCAUUACAGAUUUACCAUGUUUAAAAAAAGACGAAUACAUGGAAGUCUCAGAACGAAUGACACCUGCUACAACAAUAGCUGAAUCAAUAUCUAGUCUUGCCAGGUUUUCUCCUCUCAGUCCCUUGGAAGAAUCCAAAUCGUUACUUCAAGAUCAAACAUCAUCAGCAGAGGAAAAGUCAGAGGAGGAUAUGUCAAGCAUUAAAUCUGACAGGGAUCAUGUCUCUCAUCCUGAACAUGUAGCAGAGCCACAUUCCUCAAAAUCACCAGAAUCAGCAACUUCUGAGCAUGCAACUCAUCCAAUUGUGGUGGCAUCUGUGACAUCCCUCAAGUUUGACAUUGCACCUUUGGAGAAGGCUGACUCUGCAGACAAACAGUCACAGGAAAAAUCCUCUGAUGAUGAGCCUGAGGACAACAAAAGCAUUUUUGAGGAGGGAACCUUACCAUGCAGAAUUGAAUGUGAAAAAUCUUCAGCUACUGAAAAAUUAAGCACAGCAUCUUUACCAGAGCAACAUGCUGAUGUAAAACCCUCAAAAACAAUAUCAGAUCCAUCUCAUCUGCAAACCAUAGAUGGACCAACAGAAAUGACAAGUUCUCAGAAGGUGCCAGUCACAACAUGCGGGCCUCUUAGUACUAACACACAAAGUGAACAAAGUAUGAAGCAAGAAGAGGCAGAGACGUCUAAGGAAAUUAAAGACUUGCCUGAAAAAGUACAGGAGAGGGUUGAAAUGAAAGAAGCCAAAGUGAGCAAGAUGGAAUAUGAAGAGAAGCAUGAGACAGAUAAGAAAGAGGGAGUAAAACUUAAAACAAGUGAGGAAGAACAGAUACAACCUGAAAAGAUGGUCGAAGUGAGGUCAGAAAAGAUGGGAGAGAGCCUAGAUAAUGGCAAGAAGUCAGAGCAGCAGAGCGACAGUGAAAGGAAAACCGAGCAGUCAGAAACAAAGAAAGACGUAGAACAAAUUGAAAAAAUUGUAGAAAAGGAAUGUAAAGAAAAAAUGGAAGAGAAGAAAGAGCAAACAGAAGAAAAGGUGAUGGAAAAAGACAGCAAAAAAACAGAUACGGUUGAGUCUAGCCAGCAUAGUGCCCUUGCAUCCACUAUGCAGCAUGAGGAUUUUGUAUGUCUGGAGGCUCCACCUGGCUAUGGGGAAGAUGUUUAUGAGGGUAUAAAGCAAGAAAAGGGGGGUGAAAAGGAGGAAGAGAAGUAUGAUUCAAUAGAACGUCCACCCACUCCACUAUCAGGAGCACAGGCUUGUUACCCUGAGGUCUCCAAGACGUCAGAUGAGGGAUUAACUCGACCCUCUGAUCUCGGUAUGGAGGCCAUCUCCUCACAAUCACCUUCGCUCUUCAAACACCGCAAAGGAGAUAUCUCUCCAUCCUUUAUAAAUCCAAGCCCACAGGAACUAUCAAGUGAGGACGGAGAGGAAGAUUCCAGAAGCGAUCAUUCAAAGGAUGAUGAUGGGGAUGAGCGUGAGCAGCAUUCUGUCAAAAGGAGAUCUCACAAGCAGCAGCAUCAUCAUCCCCACAGUCACCAUGAAGUUGGUAAGGAGGGAUCGCACAGCAUUCCGAGUGGUACAGCGACUGGGCACGGCAUUAUGCUAGCAGGGGAGGAAACUCCUCCUACAUCUUUGAGCGAGUCACUCCCAUCUCAGUCUGACUCAGAUGUUCCUCCAGGGACUGAGGAAUGUCCUUCAAUUACAGCAGAAGGGAACCUUGAUUCUGAUGAAGAUGCAGAGCAUCUACCGGUGGACAAAAUGUCUGCAGCUGCCGACAACGGAGGAAGUCAUCAUUCCUCCUCCCCGAGGAGUCACGAUCCCCCUCCCAAACCAAUGAAAGACCCCCUUCCUCACCCACCACAACCUGAUGUGUGCAUGGUGGACCCAGAGGCCCUUCUUAAUGGCCAGACCCACACAGAACGACCAAUGAAGAAGGACCUUAAAACAAAUAGAGGCUUGAGGAAGACACUAGGGAAGUCUGCAUCGCCGGCACGUAAGGUAGAUGCAAAAAGCAGGAGAUCUACUACCCCUGUGAAGCAGACAUCCAAAGACUCCUCACCCCAUGAUCUUAAAAGAAAAGAUUCAGAGAAGACUUUUCAUUGUCCCAAGAUGUCUGAGACACAGGGAUCCAGGGGAGACGUCUACAACCCAGGAAGAGGAUUGGUCAAUGGCGUCAAGAGUAAUGCAGGCUCCAACUUGAAAUCCAGCGCUGGGACUCCACCUGGACCACCCAUCUAUGUCGAUCUAGCUUACAUUCCCAACCACUGCAGUGCUAAAAAUGUCGACCAAGAGUUCUUCAAGCGAGUGCGAGCAGCAUACUAUGUCAUCAGUGGAAAUGACCCAGGCAGUGGUGAACCCAGCCGUGCAGUUCUAGAUGCACUUCUAGAAGGGAAAGCACAAUGGGGCAAUAAUCUCCAGGUCACUUUAAUCCCAACACAUGACACAGAGGUAACUCGGGACUGGUAUCAGCAGACCCAUGAGAAACAGCAGGACCUGAAUAUAAUGGUCUUGGCCAGCAGCAGCACAGUGGUCAUGCAGGAUGAAUCUUUUCCAGCCUGCAAAAUAGAAUUUUGAAUUGGUUUUCUAUUUAGCGCUUUUCGUUCGUUCCUCAU